CCGAUGUCGGCAUAAGAUCGUAAGAUCGAAAGCGGUUUAAAGCAUCAAGUGGAGGUCGGCUGUACGUGUGAACGAUCGAAAGAAAUCUGUGGCCAGGAAAUGUGUCUACGAUUGGCGGUUCUAUGGGUUUUUCUUUGUACAAUCCUGCACAAUCUUUUCCAUGACCAUUUAUUUACGGACCUUAUUUGGCGACAAGAUAUUUUUGCUACAAAAUUAUUUUCAUAGAACAUAAGAACAAAAAUGAAUAGAAAGACUGUGCCUGUCUCCUUAUCAACCUUAAGACGAAGGACACGUGUAGACGUUCAAAAAGGCAUCAUCAAAUUAGGACAGACGACUGACAUGGACAGGAAUAGGGGCAGAUGACUGAGUUCUUUCUGAGAACACUGCCCCACCCUCUUCAGCUGCACAUGCAAUGCCAGAGGUGCAAGUUGUUACUGAAGAUGACAUGGAAUUGGAGGCAGAUUUUGAUGACGUGUACAUUACUCUGGAUGAAAAUUUGCUGCAAGCGAGGACAUUGCUUUUGUGCCAGUUGACUGGUAUGAUGACGGGAUGGUUUACUGGCCCAUCUUUAAGAGCACUAAACGUGUGAAACGGGCAGCUGCUAACGAGGAGAAGCAUGAGCCAGACUGGCCAAGAUAUGACGUAAAGGUCGUCAGAACUUGUGACAACUACAAAGACGCCAUCAGGCUAAUGAAUCAAUAUCAGACCGGCUGCAAAACCUCUGAGCUACAGUCUGAGGCAGAGCAGGAGGGUGAGCUGCCAGAGAAACGAGUCAGGAAGCCAAUCCAUCGUUUUGGGGACUCUGAUGAGAGUGAAGAAGAGCCAGAAAAUUGUAACUUAGCUUCUCUGAGGUCGCCACGACCUUCCAACUCGGCUGGUGUAUCAGUUGGAGCCUCAAGCCCAAACCAAUUACACUGGCAGACUCCACCAUCUCACCGAGUGCCAGGCAGCAGAGUCACUACUCCUCAACCUGGAGGAAACUGUCUAAGUAAAGGGGACCUGUCUAGAUUAAUUGUUUUUCAAUGGCAAUCCAUUCAUGGGGUUGAAAUAGGUAGUUCAUACCAAAAUGUUGAAACAUACAAAUUCAAGUUCCCCAUGACCAGAGAUUUUUUGUUUGGCCCUGUAGCUCGCAGCAUACCAUUGGUUAACAGAUCACAACCAUUUAAUAGCAAUUUCUCUCCCUUAGCACCUGACAAUGGGGCCAGACCACAACACCCUUCACCACCUCAACUCCCUGCACCUGCAUUUAACAUGAGGAGAGUUACUCAAGGAACGGCAGUCCCUCCUCACCUCCCUCCACCCCCCGCACCAUCUCUCAACAUGAGGCGAACAGAGGAGCCCUCUUCAAGCCUGGCCUACAGACCAACAUGGCGAGGGGGAGAAAUGACCAAUACCAUUCCCUACUCUGGUGAGCACUAACUGACAAAUCCAUAGGGGCAUUCUGUGCCACAGAUUUAGGAAAAACAUCCCACAACCAUCACAUAUUUUCAUAACUUUUGUCAUUAACUAUUGUCAAUAACUAAGGUCAGUUGUGAUGGUCCCUUCCUUAAGGGGCCAUUCCGCUGCGUGUCUUCUGUGUUUCCUUGUCUUGUCCUUGUAUGUGUAAU